AUGAUCAAACUGAUACUAAACAAGACGGUGCUACCGAUACUAGCGGUCAUCAUCAACAACACACCGAGUUUCAUCUGGGCCUUGAUCGAUUUCUUCUUUGACAUCUGUUUCUUUUGGGUCAAGCACUUGUACCACAUCUACUACCGCAAGGACCCCUUGAAGGAGCAGAUCAAGCAGCUCAAGAAUGUGUCGAAUUACACCGAGUGGAAGCAGAUCACUUUUGAGAUUGACAAGUUGACCAAUAUGGACUUGUGGCGGCAGAACUUUAUCAGCAAGCACUACGACUAUGUGCUCAUUAAUGAACGGUUACGGUUGCUCCGUGAGGCUCGAGAGAAGCAGGACUCCGCCCAGAUCAUGUCGUUGUUGCGAGCGGGGCUUAUUAGGAACUUUGGCGGUAUUGCCCAGAAGCGGUUGUACUUAAAGUCGUACAUGGGUACCAAAUUCAAGAUUGAGGAGUACAUCAAUGAAGUGUUGAACUGUUUGAAUUUCUUGAACGAUAGUUUGAGCAGCAGCAAUGGCGACGACUACAUUAUGAAUAGCAAGCAGUUGAAGUUGGAUUUCUUCCAUGACGCACGGCAGAGCUUUGGAUGCACGGCGUUGUUGUUGCAAGGUGGCUCCUUGUUUGGGUUGUGCCAUUUGGGAGUCGUCAAGGCCUUGUAUUUCAAGAGGUUGCUCCCGAGGGUCAUUGCCGGAAGUGCCGUGGGGGCCGCAGUUGCCUCGUUGGUGUGCACGUUGACCGAAGAGGACUUGAUUCCGAUCUUGGUCAACAUUGAGGAGCUCAUGAAGAAUAUAGAUGUGUUGAAUCACGAGAUUGACGAGAGAUACGGCAAUGUUAUAGAGAAUGUCGUCAAGAAAGGCUACAGCCAGGAUAUCUUGUUGUUUUUGAAGUUUGUCCGUGACACGAUUGGAGACUUGACGUUUGAAGAAGCAUAUAUGAAGACUAGGAAAAUAUUAAACAUCGUGGUGCAUCCGACAAACAGAAGCGUGCCUUCGCUUCUCAACUAUAUCACGGCGCCAAACGUGAUCAUCUGGACCGCGAUCUACGCCUCCAUCGGGACAGGGGUGUUGUCGGACGACAUUGCGUUGUACGUGAAAAACUUCAACAACGACAUUGUGCUCAAGGACCCCGAUAUCGAGGUGCGGUACUUGAAACCGCAGGACGUUACCUAUCAAACUUCGUACUUCCAGAAAAACUUGUCGGUUAACAUCCAGCAUCAGUCGCCUUAUACAAAAUUGACCGAGUUGUUCAAUGUCAACCACUUUGUCAUCAGUUUGGCGAGACCGUACCUUGCGCCCUUGAUCAGUAAUGACUUGAAACACUACCAUGCGUCAUACGGCAAGGUCAAGUACGACAAAAAGAGAAAGAAGUACGAGGAAAAGGAAAUGACCAAGCGUGAUAUCGAAAAGUACACAAAGGACACCGGCUUCAACUUUAUGAAGCGGUUCAAGACCAUCAUUGGCAUGGAGAUACAGCAUCGGCUAGUCGUGCUCAACAAGCUUGGCUUGUUGAAUGAAGUGAUGAAGCGGUUUUUCAUCGAUGAAAAGCCCACUGCGCUUCAAUACUUGGCCUCCAUCCGCGAGGUGACGAUAGUUCCCGAAGUUCGCUACUUGGUGAAGGAUUUCGGCAGAGUGUUUGAUGUGCACCGCACGUUGGAGAAUAUCCCGUACUGGGUGCUCGUUGGAGAACGAUCAGUGUGGCCUCUUUUCCCGCUUUUGUGGACGAGAUGCGCCAUUGA